UCGCCAACAUGGCUGCCCCCAGGUGAGUGGACGUGCGAGUACCCACCGCGGCUUUUCUGGGAUAGAGCGGGAGAGGCUGGCGAAGGAGAGAGCGCCCGCGUGGGGAGGACCCAGCCUGAGCCAAGGCGGAGAUAUCAAUAUAUAACUCUGUUUUAAUUCUCCUGGGUCUGAAUGGGAGGCUUGUUUGUUUCACAGUCCACACCACUGGGGAUGUCAGAAGAGAGAAAUAGAGAAAGAAGAGAAGGAGGCAGCAAAUUUCAUAGGAUUACCAUGGAUAGCCACCACCAGAGUAAUUACAAACGCAGUAAAACUGAGAAGAAGUUCUUAAGGAAACAGAUGAAGGCCAGGCAUACUUUGCUGAGACAUGAAGGCAUUGAGACAGUAUCCCAUGCCACUCAGAGCCUGGUUGUUGCCAACGGUGGUUUGGGUAACAGUGUGAGUAGGAAGCAACUGCUCCCAGUGUUAGAGAAGUGUGGAUUCGUGGAUGCUCUCUUAAUGCCACCGAAUAAACCCUACUCAUUUGUAAGAUACAGAACUACAGAAGAAUCCAAGAAAGCCUAUGAUACUCUCAGUGGAAAAGAAAUAGUGGAUGACUUAGGACAAAAGAUCACUCUGUACUUGAAUUUUGUGGAAAAAGCCCCUUGGAAAGAGUUGGGGCUUCAAGCAUUGCCUCCAGGCCUCAUGGUAAUAGAAGAAAUUAUUUCUCCUGAGGAUGAGAAAAUGCUUUUGGAAAGUGUUAACUGGACAGAAGAUACAGACAAUCAAAAUUUUCAAAAAUCCUUAAAACACCGAAGAGUAAAGCAUUUUGGCUAUGAAUUCCAGUAUGAGAACAACAAUGUAGAUAAAGAUAAGCCAUUACCUGGGGGUCUUCCUGACCUUUGUGAUAGCAUUUUGGAGAAAUGGCUGAAGGAGGGUUUCAUUAAACAUAAACCUGAUCAACUGACUGUGAACCAGUAUGAACCUGGACAGGGAAUUCCUGCUCAUAUUGACACGCAUUCUGCUUUUGAGGAUGAGAUCAUUUCUCUCAGUUUGGGGUCAGAGAUUGUCAUGGAUUUUAAGCACCCAGAUGGGGUCACGGUGCCAGUUAUGUUGCCUUGUCGGAGCUUGUUGGUGAUGACAGGAGAAUCCAGAUACCUUUGGACCCAUGGAAUCACACCCAGAAAAUUUGAUACUGUUCAGGCAUCCAGGGGUCACAAGAGCGGAGUUGUCACCGGUGAUGUUGAAGACUUAACUUUAAGCAAGCGAGGAAUACGGACAUCAUUUACAUUUAGGAAAGUGAGGCACACACCGUGUAAUUGUCGUUACUCUUUGGUCUGUGACAGCCAGACGAAGGAGACUCCGCCAUCGUUUCCAGAGAGUGACAGAGAAGCCUCACGACUAGAGCAAGAAUACGUCCAUCGAGUUUAUGAAGGGAUCGCCGGGCACUUCAGCAGCACGAGACACACCCCUUGGCCACGCGUCGUGGAGUUUUUGAAAGCUUUGCCAAGUGGCUCAGUAGUUGCUGAUAUUGGAUGUGGAAAUGGAAAGUACCUUGGCGUCAAUAAGGAGUUAUAUAUGAUUGGCUGUGAUCGUAGUCAGAGCCUCGUGGACAUCUGCAGAGAGAGGCGGCAUCAGGCCGUGGUCUGCGACGCGCGGGCAGUGCCAGUCCGCAGUGGGUCUUGUGAUGCCUGCGUCUCCAUCGCUGUCAUUCACCAUUUUGCGACAGCAGAGCGUAGGGCAGCAGCUCUCCGAGAACUUGUUCGACUCCUGAGACCUGGUGGGAAGGCGCUCAUCUAUGUCUGGGCAAUGGAGCAAGAACAUGAUAAGAAGAAGUCCAAGUACCUUAGAGAAAACAGAGUCAGCCCAGGGAGGGAGGAGCAGACCAGCAAGGAAACGUUGGCGCAGGAGGUGCCUGCGAAGCACACGCCUGACGUGGGCAGUCAGGACUCGGCACGUCCUGUCCCCUCCAUCAGUGACUUUCAGGAGGGAGGCUGCGAUUCAAGGAAAGCUACCAGUUCCAAGCUGCCUGUUCACACUAACAGGACUCCUUUUCAUUCUCAAGACUUACUGGUUCCCUGGCACCUUACGGGAAAUCCUGGUAAAGACAGGUCUGUUGAGCCACUUGGUGCGUUGGGAUCCGGUGACCCGGGCGCUGUGUUUCAUCGGUACUACCACGUGUUCCGUGAGGCAGAGCUGGAGGCUGCCUGCCGGACUCUGAGUGACGUCAGCGUACUGCAGAGCUACUAUGACCAGGGGAACUGGUGCGUGAUUCUACAAAAGGUCUGAUUAUCCCUAUGGAUGUACUGCAUGCAGGGAAGAAAUGCUCGGCUUUUCUAAAAAAGGAGGUUAAAUUACCUGCAUUUUUAGUUAAACUUGUGGAAAAGUAUCAAAGGAGAGUGCCUGGGGGAGACUUGGAGGUAGAGUGCAGUUGGGAGGUGUUCAGUUUGCCUGGUACUGCUGACCCCACUCAGUCCACAGACGCAGGCUUCUGUCACAGGAGGGGCAGGCAUGCUUUUUAAAGUGACUGAAGUAGUCUGUGAAAUACCUGGGAUCCUAGGGUAACAGUAGGAACAUUUUGAAGAUAAACUUUUGUUACAAAGUAUUACUAAAUGAACUAAAUCAUGUAAAACCUGAGUGAAGUAAUUACAUAACAUUUUAACAAAGAAAAAAUUCCUGUUCAGUAGAAAAUUGUCUGAAGUUUCAUCUGUGAUUGUUAGCUCUGUAAACUCACAGAUGAAAACCACUCUGUCCCUAUACCUUACUAGCACGAGGCUUGGCACAUGGUAGGUGCUCGGUAAAAUUUUAAGGCAAUUGUUUUUGUUUUUGUUUUUGGGUGAAGAUAGAUUUAUUCAGAGAGAUACACUGAAAGGCAAGAGAAAGGCCACGAGGCGUGGGGGUUGGGUGCUCAGAUUAAAAGUAGGUACACACUCCGUAGACAGGGUGCGGGCCGUUUCCGAAGAGGGAGAGAGAGGGGGUGGCCUAAAAUUUUAGUUGGAUAACACCCAUGCAUUGGUAGGAACUUUCAUCCAACAAGUACUUUUUGAACCUCUACUGUGUACCAGUUACUAUUUUAAGUUCUGGGAGGGGAGCAGUGAACAAGAAAGAACAAAGUCCAUGUCCUCAUGGAGCUUAUGUUCUAGAAGGAAAGGAAUAAGCAAAUAAAUAGACAUUUGUGAUAAAAGCCAUGGGAAAAAAAUACGAAACAGGAGGAGGUUUCACUUGAGACCAAAAGGUUAUUUUUAAAGGGCUGAAAUAAGUCCUAAUCCUGACUAUAGUUAUUACCAAGAGUUCAUUGGCACUCCUAAUGCAUUGGUCUAGGUGCUAAAGGCAACCCAAAUAUGUUCGUUUAACUCCUUUAUUUAAAUAGCAAAAGUCAGAAUUGUCAAUUAGACCUAAUUAUACCCUGAUAAAAGCUUCAGUCACAUUAUUGGGUAUUUCGAGUUCUUUCAUAGUUUGUUCCAGUUUAGUGCAAUCAGGGGUUAUGUUUACCUACAUCUAUGCCAUAGUUGCCCAGUUCAGUUACCACUUAGGUCAGGUUUCCAGGAGGAAAAAAUUAUCAUGCACAAGGGGAAGUGUUUUGGUUUAUUCUUAAUACUUUACUCUCAGCACGUAUUGCUUUGUAGUAGAGAUGCUUACGACUACUUAAAGAAAAGUUGCUCUCUGUGAGUGAUAGCUGCCCAGACAAAGAUUUAUCCUGUUACUAAAUGUUAGUGAUGCUCAUUGUCAGCAUGAAGCUUUCAGAAACAGCAGUGCCCAGUAAUAAGUCUUAGAUGAGACACUGAUGGCUUUUGCCGUGGAACUUCAGUAUGGGGUUACAGUUGUUCCCUCUAGAUGAUUUGUAAGAUUCAUGAUAUGAGAAGAAGACAUCAUAGGGCUAAAAAUAGUGUUAUUUCUGAUACAAAUUCUAGAACUUUUCAUCACAACUUGAAGUUCAAUUCAUACUAAUACAUUUUAAAAUCUAGAUGAAAUAGAUGAUUUCCUUUUUUUAUAUUUAAAGAGUAAGCUAAUUAUUUUUAAAUGUUUAUAUUUACAGAACAAAACUUUACACGUAAGGUACAAAAUUUACAUAGAGCUUUUUAAAUAUAUGAGAGUAUAGUCUUUCAAAGUUCUAUUAGAAAUCUAGAAAAUUUAGAGAAAAAAGAAAGCUAGAAAAAAGAAAACAAAACCCCUGCUGUGGACCACAGACAGCCACAGGAGGCACGGUCAGAUCUGCACCAGCCUGGUAGUGAGUGGCCUUUCUACCUCCCCGCACAUCUGGAGUCUAAGAUGUUCUUAUAAGAAUUCAAAGAGACUCAGUCUGCCUUUGUCUAACGUCUUCAGUCAGAAAGAUUGCCUUGAUACUUUCUGUUUCUUAAAACCUACCCUAUCUUUUAAGACCCAACUCAAGUUUUCUCUUUUCAUGAAGCUGCAUCUAGAACACAAUCUACUGAGAUUUAAUUUUUCCUGGUUUGUAUUUGUAAAACAAACAUACUGUAUGAUUCUGUAGCAUCUUCCUUUGUACCUAAAAAAUAAUUUACUUACUUAAAAAAUUGAGGUAGAGUUGAUCUAGAAUCUUAUAUUAGCCUCACGUGUACACAUAAUGGUUCAAAAUUUUUAUAGAUUCUUCUCCACUUCUAGUUAUACUUGCUUCAGACAGUGGGUAGAGUUUCAUAAACUGAAAGAACACUAUGCAUAAAACUUCUUUCACCCAACUUGUAAAAGGCACAUGCAUUUGACUAUGUGAGAAGUAAGCCUUCCGUGCAAUCUGAAAGGCUUUCACUCCGGUCUGCCCUGAUCAGAGGGAGCUUAGUGCAACUUUAGAAGACCAGUGGAAAUAGCAGUGUUACAGGUCUCUCAAACAAUACACUGGCUCUCCCAUAAGUAAGUCCCACUGGCCUGCAAAGUCAAAUGUUCUGGGGGUUCAUUUUCUUGGUGGAGUACCCCUGGUGGGGUUGUUUGAUAUGGGGCUCAGAACCCUCACUCUUUGGGGAGAAUCUCUCCAAUUGUAAUUAUCCCCCCAUUAAUAGGUUGGCCACUUGUGGGUAUGAGUCUUGGCUAUACUGUGUUUCUGCUCCUCCUACCCAUCUUGUUGUUGUUCCUUCUUUAUAUCUUUAGUUGUAGAAGAUAUUUUUUGCUAGAUUUGGUCUUUCUCAUCAAUAUUUCUCUGUAAAUAGUUGUAAUUUUGGUGUCCCUGUGGGAAGACAUAAGCUCAAGUUCUUCUAAUCUUGGCCAUGAGGGGAAUUUCCUUCUGUUGGUGGGAAUGUAGUUUGGUGCAGCCAUUAUGGAGAUUCCUCAAAAAAAAACUAAAAAUAGACUUACCAUAUGAUCCAGCAAUUCCACUCCUGGGCAUCGAUUUGGAGGGAACGCUAAUUGGAAAAGACACCUGUACUCCAGUGUUCACAGCAGCACUAUUUACAACAGCCAAGACAUGGAAACAACCUAAAUGUCCAUUGACAGGUAACUGGAUAGAGAAGCUGUGGUAUAUUUAUACAAUGGAAUAAUACUCAGCUAUAAAAAAGAAUAAAAUAAUGCCAUUUGCAGCCACAUGAUUGGACCUGGAGACUGUCAUUCUAAGUGAAGUAAGCCAGAAAGAGAAAGAAAAAUACCGUAUGAUACCACUCAUAUGUGAAAUCGUAAAAAAAAAAAAAAAAGAGAGAGAGAGAGACAAAUGAACUUAUUUACAAAACAGAAA